AUGGUUGGAGUGCCAGGAAAGUCUAAAGGAUGCAAAACCUGUCGCAAGCGCAAGAUAGCUUGUAAUCUACAGCGACCGGUUUGUGGGCAGUGUAUUAAAUCAAAGCGAACUUGCCUAGGUUAUGAUAAUGCUGUUCGCUUUAUCCCUGUUCGGGCGCGGCUGGAAGAUGAAAAACUUGUCGUGUCGAGCUCUUUUGAUGCACUACAUGAGAAGACAUCAGAAACUGGUAAAGGAUCAGAUAUCUUGCAGAACGAAUUGGUCUCAACAAAUGAACGGUUUGUCUCUGCCAUAUCCAGGCGUCAGGACCAUUCCCCAUUUCCGGCCUCGGAUUUCCUUUGUAGACCAGCAAACCGUGAACAAUUACUCGGUGUUUUUAUCACCACGUGCAUCCAAGCGAGCGCAGGUGAUAUGAAUGGUGCUUCUGAAGGAGGAGGACCGUGGAUGUUGCAACUACCUCGGCUGUUUAUGCAAACACCUGCUCUACAAGCAUCGGUUUCGGCCAUAGCAGCUACUGUUCUUGGUAAGCAGCACAACGACCGUGAUCUUCUUAACGAGAGUUUGCGGUUCUACACCAGUGGACUUCGUGAGCUUCAAAAAUCGCUCUGGAAUCCAGAUGUCAUGUACAACGAUGAGAUACUUGCUGCCUGUUUAUGUCUGGGCUUGUACGAAGCUAUGGAGUGCCCUGGGAAUGGUAGACAGGCAUACUACAAUCAUUGCGAAGGAUGCAUGAGACUUGUUGAGGCUCGUGGUGCAGGUCGACAUAUGUCGGGUGUGGCGCAUGAGCUAUUUUUAGGACUCCGGGCUCAAGGCGCUCUCUUUAGUAUGGCGACACAUGUUCCAAGCUUCCUGUCAAGCCCUCUGUGGAUGACUAGGCCGUGGAAGCGACGCCCAAAACGCGCUAUAGAUCGGCUAGUAGACUGCAUGUGCGAAGCAUCAUUGAUAUACCAAGAAAACGAUCGUAUACAGCACCUUGGGCCGAUUGAAAAGCUUGAAUCGUGGCUAGAGAGUCUCGCGAAAUGCUGGCAAAUGGAUGCAAUACUUGAAGAUGUCUAUAAAGAAUUUGAGACAGACUUCCCACAACCCAUGUAUUGGCCAGUCUUGUCCAAAGAGCCCAACGCAGCGGAUGAUCCGAUACGUGGAAAGGUAUUUCCUGUUGCAUAUAGGUUCGUUAAUAUGGCUGUGGCUCGCUCAUUUAUGUUGUACUGGGCGAUCGCACUUCUGGUAUGGUCCGGUCUGUCCCUUCUUUAUCAGGGAAUAGCCAGUCUUGAAAUCGACCCCAAAAAUGCUCGUUGUUCGAAUUUUCCAGAUUGCGAAGCUUUUCAUGAUGAUAUGUGCCAUUGCAAGUAUCUACGGUUACAGCCAUCGGGGACAUACAACUACGAUAUAUCUCAUUUCCCAUUACUCGGACAUAGGGUAGAUCCAAAAUUCUUGAUCAACAACGUUUGUCAGUCCAUUGAAUACUGCCUCGACUCUGAGAUACCCGUGUGGGGAACGUGGUCAGCUGGAACGCCUCUAAUACUGAUUUAUGAGACAGUCAAGUACGUUCCAGGGUUGGAAAGGGAGGUGUUAUGGAUGGAAGCAACACUACGAAAACUUCAGGGACGUGGGCUGCGACUUCUCAACUACACUACAUCAUUGAAUCAGCCAACAGCUUCACCUUAA